UUCUAAUGUCAACUCGUACUACAGCACGUGCUGUAGAUGUAGAGUGUAAGUAAAUUGUAGAAGUGCUUCAAAAUGGUCAAGAAGCACAACAACCAGCUGCCGGAGAAUUUGCCUCAGCUGCAAAAUCUCAUCAAAAGAGAUCCGGCCUCUUAUAAGGAUGAAUUCCUCCAACAAGAGAAGCAUUACAAAGCCUUGAUAUCCCUUUUCAAAGUGAAUCCUAAUGAGAGCAACAAGAGCCUCAUGGAGUUGGUCAUGUUCAUGGCCCAAGUUGCUCACUGCUACCCGGAAAAGCUCAUUAACUUUGCUCAAGAAAUUAUGGACAUACUCAGCCAGCAUAACACUGUCCUGGAUCCUGAUAUGAGAAUGGCGUUUUGUAGGGCUUUGAUUCUGCUAAGGAAUAAAAAUCUUCUAGCCCCGACAGAUCUGUUAACAUUGUUCUUUCAGCUUCUACGCUCUCACGAUAAAGUGCUCAGACAAUUCCUUGAAAGCCACAUCAUCAACGACAUCAAAAAUAUAAAUUCCAAGAGUAAAAACAUGAAAUUGAAUACGACCUUGCAGAAUUUCAUGUACAACAUGCUCAAUGAUGGAAACUCAAAGGCCGUGAAAAUGUCUUUGAACAUAAUGACCGAACUUUACAAGAAAAAUGUUUGGAACGAUGCCAAGACUGUUAAUGUGAUCGCCACUGCUUGCUCGUCAAAAAUCAUCAAGGUCAUGGUAGCCGCAUUGAAAUUUUUUUUGAGCUCUGACGAACCAGCAAAAGAUUCUGAUGAUAGUGAUUCUGACAAUGAUGCACCAACCGCAAAAGAUGUUAUAAUGGCAAAUAAAUUCAAUAAAAAAACACGAAAAAGGGAAAAACAGCUUAAAAAAGCCAAACAACUUGUUUCCAAAUCCCAGAAGAAAAAGAAAAAAGCACCAUCUUUUAAUGUCUCGGCACUCAACUUGCUUCACGAUCCUCAAGGAUUUGCCGAGAAGCUUUUCAAGCAGGUGGAAAAUUCAAGGGAAAGGUUUGAAGUCAAAGUCUUGACGCUUGAUGUCAUAUCAAGGCUGAUCGGCCUACACAAGUUAAUACUGUUGAAUUUCUACCCAUUUAUUCAACGGUUUCUUCAACCACAUCAAAAAGAUGUAACAAAGCUCCUACUUUUCACCGGUCAGGCUUCUCACGAUCAAGUGCCACCUGAUGUACUUGAGCCUGUAUUGAAGACGCUUGUGAAUAAUUUUGUAACAGAGAGGAAUAGUUCUGAUGCAAUGGCUAUUGGGAUCAACGCUGUGAGGGAACUUUGUGCUCGGUGUCCUCUUGCGAUGAAUGAAGACCUUUUACGAGACCUGGUGCAGUACAAGCACUACAAGGAACGCAGCGUCUCAAUGGCUGCUAAGGCGUUGAUUCACCUCUACCGUACCUCUUUGCCUGAGAUGCUGCAUAAGAAAGACAGGGGCCGUCCGACUGAGGCGGUUAUUGACUUGAAAGUCAGAAAAUUUGGUGAGAUUGACUCAAAAGAUUAUAUCCCGGGUGCUGAAGUCUUACUGAAAGAGCCAGAGGAAGAAAAAGAGAUCCAUAUUAGCGAUGAUGACAGUGAUGAAGAUGAUGAUGGUGAAUGGGUUGAUGUAGAUCAUUCAGAUAAAGAGGCUGAUGGAGAUUCUGAAGAAAUGGAAGAAGAGGAAGAAGAAGAUGAAGAGGAAGAUGAUGAUGAAGUAGAAGAUGAUGGCAAAAAAACUGGUAAAAAGGAAGUAAAAAUAAGAAAGAAGAAAACAGAUAUACUUGCUGAAAAGGCUAAACUUGCUGGGGAAAUCAGUUUGGGGAAAUUUCUAACUGAUGAGGACUUCAAGAGAAUUGAAGCUGCACAACUGAGCAAGCAGAUGAACACUCUUAACCGCCGCGGUGUAAAGCGUCCUGCCGAAGAAGAACCAGAAGAAAGGGAGAAAUUACUCACACUCGGAGACAUUGAAAACAUCUACAAAAAGAGGAAAAAUUCUAAAGAAGAUCGUAUCAACUCAAUACGUAAAGGACAAGAAGGCAGGGAGAAAUUUGGUUAUAAAGACGGUCGGCAGAAUCCAUUCGCGAGUACUACCAAUAACGAAAAAAGAAAGAAAAAGAAUUUCAUGAUGAUCAGACACAAGGCAAGGAGCAAAAUAAAACGUUCUUUCAAAGACAAACAGAUUGCCUUGAGGAAUUACCUCAUAAAGCAGAAGAAAAUGAGGUAGAAUGUAAACAACUUGUAUUUUAUUUUAUUUUUUAUAUUAUUAAUAUUGUAAAUAAAGUAUAAAUUUGUUUAAAAAACA